GUUCAGAGGAGGAACUGCAUCCUGCAGAGAAGUUCCUGGUUUAUCAGUGAAGCAGGAAGAGAAGCAGAGUUAGAAACAAUCAGCAGCUCAGGAUGAAGGUCUGUCUCACUCUGAUCUGCCUCUUCCUCCUCAGUGAGUACAUUAUUUUAUUUAUAUCAGUUUCUCUGCUGUCAAUCCUUCAUCCUUUCGGUUUAUUUAAAAGUUUUUCUACUUUACUGAAAUGUUUUAAGACGACUCUGUUUCUGUUAGUUUCUGUGGUAAAAGAUGUCGAUCUGUUUAAAAAUAACUUCCUUCAUAUUUGUCUUGCAGUUCCAGCUGGGUUGGGGGUCAUUUAGUAAAAAGAAAUUUGACUUUAAAUCUGUGGAUAGCAACUAUUCUGUAAAAAAUAUAUAUAUUGUAGCGAGGUUGUAUUAUAACUUGGACAAAGAAAAAUGACUGGCCAAGGCCAGAGAUCACUUCAGUGAAAUUUAUUAUGUUUUUAUUCAGGUGAGCAAAGAGGAGAGGUGCAGAAUAUGUAAAAUGACGUUCAAGGCAGAUUAAAAACAGACAAACAGCAGAACCUUCAGUGUAAGAGUCCGUCACCUUCAGUGUGACUUGUCAGUGCAGAGCCCAGCUUUUAAAGCCACAGGUUUCACCCACAGAAAGAACCAAACAAGAACAAAAAACUAAAUUACUUCUAACUCAACUAAACUCUUAAAAUACAGCCUUUUCCCCUUCCAGAUAAGUCUUCUAAAGACAUUUGAUCUGUUUCUGACUCAUUUUGCUGCUUGUGGGCUCAAUGUUGGCGUGCAAGACGUUAAAGGAUUUUCAAAAUAAAAAAUCAUCCAGACUCAGAUAAUACAUAAGACGGAAAUAAUUAAUUAUUUCUUGUGCGGCCCGGGAACCACUGGUCCACGGACCGGUACCAGUCCGCGGCCCGGGGUUUGGGAACGACUGGUUUAGGAUUAAAAACUUUCUGGAGGAACAAACUGCUGAAGGUGUGAAGUGAUUUAAAUGCUCUAAAAAUAACGGCAGUAAGUUUUGCUUCAAAUACAAACAGUGUGAUCCUAUUUUCUCAUAGUUGUAAAUGUUAGCUUGUAACAAUAAAGUUGACUAUUGGAGCAUAAUUUGAAUUUAAGGUGUAGAGCGACCUCUGGUGUUCAGAGGAGGAACUGCAUCCAGCAGAGACGUUCCUGGUUUAUCAGUGAAGCAGGAAGAGAAGCAGAGUUAGAAACCAUCAGCAGCUCAGGAUGAAGGUCUGUCUCACCUUGAUCUGCCUCCUCUUCCUCACAGCCCUGCAGGAUGGAGAAACUCUGGGAAACUACAGAGGAAAGGAAGGAGGAAACAUCACAGUUAGAUGUGAAUUUGUUUUCUUUGGAGUGAAAAUGUUCCUUUGUAAGGAAACUUGUGAAGGAAAAAAUAUUCUCAUUGAAACAACUAAAGAUAAAGAUCAGAGAGGCAGAUUCAGCAUCAGAUAUGAAAAAAGAAAUAUUUUUUCAUUUGAUUUUCUACAUGUGAGCAUCACUGAUCUGAAACCGUCAGACUCAGGACGGUACCGGUGUCGCUCCGAUGGAUGGAAAGGAACUCUAUACGAUGAUUUUGAUCUUGUUGUGACUGAAGAUUCUUCAGAACCAAAAUGGACUCCAAGACCUUUUCUAGGAUCAACUUUUCUCCCAACAUCAACUCAAAGUUUCUCUCCUUCUCCGUCUGAAACCAUCAAACUCACUGAGAAACCAGCUGCAGCUCCAGGUCUGCAGCUUUAUGUGAUUCUGUCUCUGGUCGUCAAGAUCAUCUUGUUAUCGACACCUUUGGUGAUUUUCUGCUGGAAGAGGAGAACCACGAAAAGCAAAGAUUCUGCUGUGGAAACUGAGAACGCAGAAAAAAUAUUUACAGUUUAUUCCUGAACUGAAACAAUCACAGCUCAAAGUACAGAUGAAGAACGGUUAGUCUCAUGUUUUCACAAUAAAAUAAUCAAAAUGAAUCAUAUUGCACAGUUUCAUAGAGAACCUAAAUGUUGAAAUAAGCUCUAUUUCCUGUCUAAAAAUUGUUCCUCAGUGUUGCAUAACUUUGAAAGAUGAUCUAAUCACUGUGCUGUGACCGUUUUAAUGUUUUAUUUAACAUAUUUUAAGUAUGUAAAUGUUUUCAUGUUCUCCAUUUAUAUUUUUGCCUCUUUUGUUUGAUUUAUUGUUCCCCUGUGAUAUAUAUUGGUUCUUUAUGAUGACAUUUCUCUGCUUUUUGCUUUUUCUCAGUUUUAAAUAUCCUUUUGAACAAGUUUAGCAAUGAAGCAAAUAAAUCUUUUUGUUAUUAUUCAACAUGAAUAUUUUUCCACCUGUGGUUGAAGAAGUUAUGCGUUUAAAGUGUUUACAUCAAUUUAAUUUUGUGAGGUAUUUUUCAGUGUAUUACUGCUCUUUUAGAGAAAAUGUGAUGUUUUAAAAAAACAUUUCCUGUUUAAUAAAAUUUGUUUUCAUUCUUAUAAUCCCAAUGUUACAUGACUAUGUUUGGAAAACGUUCCAU